GGCUCGAUUCUACCGAUCAAACUCCGUUUUAAAUAAUUGUCGCGGACUUUCUCACACGAGUUUUAUAUUUUCGCUGUCUCUGUAUUCACACUGAGAACUAGUUCGAGAGAUGAUCAGGUGUGAGCAGUGAGUUGAUAUGAUGAUGUGAAUGUGAUUAUUAGCGGAGGAUCGUAUCAGGUGUUUCGGGAGGAUGAAUGAAUCUCUCCGGCUCGGAUUCUCAUGUCUGCUGCUCUUCUGCUCGACUGUUUCUACUCAAGAAUGUAGAUCUGGAUGUCAUCCUGUCCACGGGUUCUGUGACAACACUGGAGAAUGCAGGUGCAGAACAGGUUGGCGAGGUGUGACGUGUGAUCAGUGUGUUCCUCUGUCAGGAUGUGUUCAUGGAUCAUGUAAAGAACCCGCUCAGUGCAUCUGUGAUCCGGGCUGGACCGGCACUCAGUGUGAUCGAGAUGUUGGUUUGUGUUCAUCAAAGCCGUGUUUAGGUAAUUCCACCUGUAUCGAGACAGGAGCGGGAGAAUAUCUGUGUCUUUGUUCUCCUGGAUUCACGGGCAAGAACUGCCAUCUGAAGAAAGCCUGUUUAACUGAUGGAUCUCUCUGUCAGAAUGGAGGAACCUGUCUGGACACAAAUGGCUCUGACAGCCGCUCGUCGUGUCUCUGUCCACCUGGAUUCACGGGUCGUUUCUGUGAGAUUGAGUUUGACGUCUGUGAGCCCAAUCCAUGUGUGAAUGGAGGCAGUUGCACCCGUCGUGACCUGACGUUCAUCUGCAUCUGUCCGUCGGGGUUCUCUGGCCCCGUUUGUAAUGUCACGCUCACAAGCUGUUCCAGAAAUCACUGCAUGAACGGAGGAACCUGCUUCAGUCACACAGACGGAGGGAUUCACUGCGUCUGCCCACACGGAUUAACUGGCCCAUUCUGUGAACUCCAUAUCAACAAGUUGAAGCCCAAACCCAGAUAUAAACCAUCAGGCGCAGGUCAUGUGAUGCAGCACUACACCAUACCGACUCAUGCUUUCCACAAGUUACUGCGGCCUCCGGAGCGAGAGCUUCUGAAGGAGAACGCUCACACGAGUUCUCAGGUCAUCUGUUUCGCCGUUCUGGGUUUACUCACCUGUCUGGUGGUCCUCGUCACAACAGGCAUUGUAUUUUUUAAUCGAUGUGAGACGUGGAUGGCAAACGUUAAAUACAGCCAGCUGUUGCGUCAGCAGCGAGAUUUCAUCCUGAGAGCGUCCAGCGGCGACGAACACUCGGUCAACAUCAUCUUACCUGAGAAAAUCAAACUGAGUCAUUAUGGGAAGCAUUACACAUCCAUAUGACACUGAAGUGAUGAUGCCUGUUUGAAUAAGGGAAAUAAUUCAGAAACCCUGACAAUUGAUAUUUCAUGGUGUUAUGUCAGCUGUAUGGAAUGAUUCAGGCUCUGUUGAUUUCUUUCUGUAUCACAGGCAACAUGUCACUUUCCCCAACUCAAGAAACCAGUGGAAUACUCUAGAAAUGCCUUUUAAGGCAUAAAAUUGGAUAUUCCAAUAGUUUUACAUUGUUAUUUCCCCCUAAUGUUCUACUAUUUUGUAACAUCAAAUGGCUAAUAGGGUCCAAUGGGGCUAAUGAUGCCUUUGAUUUGAUUUUCUCCCAAAACACUAAACAGCAUCUAAAACUACAGCACUUUCCUGAACAGCUGUCUGACACUAUAUAAUACUGCUAAAUAUUCCUGAUCCAUCAGAUCAUCGUGUGUAAUGAUUAAAGGUUGAUUUUGAGGUCAUUUGAUCUAUUAAUUAUUGUUUAAAUGUUGUUCAUUUAUGUAGCUAAUAAAUAUCCUGGAAAUGAUCACAUUUAUUCUGAGACAAAAUACUCAUUUUUCAUUUUAGUUUUGUUCAAGAUGAUUAAAAUGUUUUUCAAUAACUGUCCAGUAGGUGAAGGGAUAGUAUUUGGGGUAAAAAUCUAAAGCCCCUAUUAAACACAUUUUUCUUGAAUAGAUUUGAUAUGAAAAAUGUUGAAAGUGCGCUCACAUUGACUGAUCCAAUCAUAAUAGAGAUUCAUUUGUUUACAGAAUACUUAAGAUGUGAUGAAAUGUCAAAUGUGAUUAAAUGUGAUUAAAAUGGACAUUAUUUGCAUAAGUUGACAAAUUGUGCCCAAUAACUAUUGUCCCUAUAUCUACAUGAUAUCAAUAUAACCCCCCUGGGGGCCUUUUACAUCAUGUGACGGAGCGUUUUACCUCAGGUGUGGGGUAACAGACUCCCUCACCACCUUUAAAAAAAAUAAAUGAUGUUCUUAUUUCAAUUCACACAAAUUAUGUUGCUCCAUUGAUAUUCGAUAAAAAUAAACUCAUUUUCCUUAAGGUGUGCCUCGAGCCCCAUUUUACCCCAAACACAUUCAAACACGGAUUCUCUGUGUGAAACUUUGAGCUUCUUCAGUUUUUCAGUAACGAUCUCCGGCGGGUUAGAGAGAAGACACUGUGAGACUUCAGUGAGAAGAAGAUAAAAACUCAAACAGACUUCUGAAACCU